CCGAAGACCAACCACUAUAGCUUCGUUUGUCACCUGCCACAUCAGCAGUUACUUCUGCUGAACAUUUCAUUACGCCUUCCCUUAAGACAAAGUCCGCAUUCGAGCAAUUUCGCACAUAACAUCGACCCACUUAUGGAUGAGCUCACCUAUCGCGGCCAUAGAUGACGCAGCAUGCACUUUGGUCUCUACGCUCUCGUCGGUUGAAGUGCGAUGCUGCACAGGCAUAUAAGCGGCUCUUAGUGACUGGAGCCAGGCCUGCUCAACGAUGUCGACAGCCACGCCUCUGCUCGCAGAACUGCAGAUGCUUCGCCCAAGUCAAGGACGUCGGACCUAAUGAAAGAGAUAUCUGGUUCACCAGCACGGCGCCCUGCGCAUAUUCUCUCGACCACAAACCUGGCGACGAGCGAGUAGAUGAGCGCACCCUGCAGCUCGGCAAGACGAUUCGAACACUUCACGAGAGACUUCCAACACUAUUGAAAGAGCCGCUACCAUCGGAGGUUUUGUCCCCGCAGAUUAGUCUGCACCUCUUCCCAUCGACACAUCCGCACCUGCCGACUGUCUCUGGUCGGAUCGCAUAUGUCGCAGCCCUCUGGACUGCGCCGGUGGCAUGGGGCAGGGUACCGCUGAUCGGUAAUGUGGAAUUGAGCAUUCUGUCGGAGCGCAUGAUCCGACGAGGUGGCGCCAGUGUGAGCAAAGAGCACCGACAAGAGCAGUUGGUGGUCAAAUGGAAAACAUGUGGCAAGACAACGCACCGUGACGGCACAGGCGGGAUAUAUCGCGGUAUGGGCAUCAGUGCAAAGGACCCUGUGGACCGGAUCAAGGCCUUUAUUGCUGGGACAAAAGGAGAAUCAGCAGACAAAUCACUUGAUCCCGAGGAAUUUUGUGGGAUCUUCAUUUUCGACUUUGACGAACGCGGCCGCAUCGCGAAACAUGUCAUCGAACACACUGAAGAAGGUGGACAUUGGGACCAGAUGACCCGAGUUGUCUCCGUAACAGACUGGCUCAUUGGCACCUUCAACGGCAAACGAGCACCGCAACCAGCACUAGCCUGGUGUGCACGCAAGUCUGAGGAUGAUCGGCUCAGGUUUCGCGAAAAGCAUGAUCGCAGCUGACUGCGUAUUAUUCGUUGACAGCUUUUUUUUGGCUUGAGUGGCUCAUGUAAUGAAUUAUGUACGAGUAGAAGAGACCAUAUGCGUGUGUCGCAUUUGAAUGUAGUAUACUUAGCAGGGCAAUGCUCUCUACUUAAUUUGACCUUGCUCUCAUGCAAUAUGCCCAGGUGUGUUUGCAUGCUUCCAUUCCAGGAUCUUGCAGAAU